AUGCGUUCGGUUGGCGCAUUCAACGCCGUCUGUUCGUUCGCAGCACUGUGGACUUUUGUCAAUGUGAUAAGGGCACUUCGCUGGCGAUUCAAGACGACUCAACUCCGGGGUCCACCUCGUACCAGCUUCCUAUAUGGCGUUUCGCGCGACCUCGUCUCAUCUGACAACAACGCUGCAAUGUAUGAACAAUGGACAGAAGAAUAUGGGGUAGUAUAUAUGAUUCCGGCGGUCCUUGGAAAAACUAGACUCGUACUCAGUGACCCAAGGGCCAUUGCGCAUUUUUUUGCACGAGAGUCAUGGACCUAUGUGCAGACGCCCCUUUCUUUGGCGCUGAUAGAGUCCUUGGUUGGCAGAGGGGUACUAUGGUCUCAGGGCGAGAGUCACAGGAGGCAGCGGAAGGCCCUUACUCCAGCGUUUAGUAAUGCGGCUAUUCGGAAACUCACAUCAGUGUUCUAUGAUUCAGCAUACAAGGUCAAGAAUGCAUGGGACACCGAUCUGCAAUUGAGCAAAGAUGGGAAUGCUAUCAUUGAAGUUCAAAAAUGGAUGAAUCACGUCGCUUUGGAUACGAUUGGCAUCGCUGGUUUCUCCCAUGAUUUUGGCUCGCUCGAUGGAAAGCAUGCCAGCGUUACAGAAGUGUUUGAUACUUUCGGAAACAACCCUCCCUCAGCAGUAAACCGAGUCCUUUUUAUGCUCGGGUCAGCAUUUCCUAUCAUUACCAAGAUCCCCACUAAGCGGACGAACCUGACCAAGAAACUUCACACAACUAUGGGUGAAAUAUCUAAGGACUUGUUGAUUCGCAGUCGCCGGGAAAAGGAUGUGAAUAUGAGUGAGAGAGACGAGGAGAAGUCCAUCAUUGGAUUGUUGCUCAAGUCUGAAGGCCAGGAUGCCGAGCUUCAUAUGUCUGAGGAAGAAGUGGUUGCUCAGAUGAGGGUCUUGCUUGUUGCGGGCUACGAGACGACGGCGAUCAGUCUUACGUGGGCGCUGAUCAAGCUAUCACAACACCCCGACGUCCAAACGAGACUCAGAGAGGAAUUGCUUGCGUUUGGUGCUGAUCCGACAUACGAUCAAUUAAAGGCCAAUCUCCCAUACUUGGAUGCGGUUGUCCAUGAAAUUCUACGACUGCAUCCUUCGGUACCUGAGGCCAGUCGCAUUGCAGCCGCAGAUGAUGUUAUUCCCUUGAGUGAACCUGUGUGCAAUGCGUCUGGGGAAAUGACAGACAACAUAUCUGUAGCGAAGGGGACGGUGAUCGUGAUUUCAAUCGGGGCAAUCAAUCGCUCUUUGGCCAUAUGGGGACCUGAUGCAAAGGAAUUCAAGCCUGACCGUUGGCUGGCAGAAGAAGGCAUCAGCGGGAAGGCCAAGGAAGUCCAAGGUCAUAGGCAUCUAUUGACAUUUGUCGACGGCCCGAGGACGUGUCUUGGAAAAGACUUUGCAAUUGCAGAAUUCAAGACGGUUUUGUCAGUUCUGGUGAAGAACUUCGUGUUUGAAAUGCGGGAUGGACCGAAAUCUCAACUUGAGAUUGCGAGGGGGCUUUUACCUCGUCCGCGGGUUGUCGGAGAGGAUGGUACUGGAGUUCCUUUGAGAGUUCGUCGAUAUGAAUGA